CAGCUCUCCAGUAACAGAGACAGUAUAGACGACACUGGCGAUCCACACACAGCACAUCUGAGACUCCACCUGACCUGCACGCGCCCUGACGAGCCCGCGGGAGGAAGAGGAUGAUGCUGAUGCUGGUGAUGAAGACAUAAAAGGAACUUUGCGCUCUUCUCUGGACUGUUUUAAAUCCUCUUUAUUUUUCCUCUUUUCUUUGGACAUGAAAUAAAGUCACUGACCCAUAAACACCAGCUAUGGCGAGCCACUGAGGAGACGAGACUUGAAGACUGUCAGCGGUCAAAGGGAAUCAAAAAAUAACAAUUCACUCCUCAGCAGCAGCAGCAGCAGCAGCAGCACAGGGUCGGACUCACACCAGGAUGCUACUUCAGCACCGACACUAGACGGGUCCAAACAGCUGCUGCCAACAUGUUCAAGAGAGGUUACGGUGGGGUGGAGUUACUGUUGGUGCUGUGUGGCCUAGAUCUGUCUCUGCCCUGCCCUCGCCACUGUAUCUGCUACACUUCACCCAGCACCGUCUCCUGCCAGGCCCACAACUUUCAUGCCGUGCCCGAGGGCAUCCCCGCCCAGAGCGAGCGCGUCUUUCUGCAGAACAACAAGAUCCAGCGGCUGCUUCGCGGCCACUUCUCGCCCACCACCACCAUGCUGUGGCUUUACUCCAACAACAUCUCCUACAUACAGCCCUCCACCUUCCACGGCUUCGACCGCCUGGAGGAGCUCGACCUUGGGGACAACCGGCACCUGAAGGCCGUCGCUUCAGACACGUUCCAGGGCCUGGGUCGGCUCCACGCCCUGCACCUGUACCACUGUGGCCUGAUCAGCCUGCCUGCGGGGAUCUUUUCGGGUCUGCAUAAUCUCCAGUAUCUCUACCUACAGGACAACCAGUUAGAGUUCCUGGAGGAUGACCUGUUCAUCGACCUGCUGAACCUCAGUCAUCUAUUCCUGCACGGCAAUCGACUGUGGAACCUUCGGCAAAACACUUUCCGCGGUCUCGGGGUCUUGGACCGCCUUCUUCUCCACCAGAACCGGAUCCAGUGGGUUGACCGCCAGGCUUUCCAUGACCUGCGUCGCCUCACUACUCUGUACCUGUUCAACAACUCCCUGACUGAACUAUCGGGUGCCAGUCUGACUUUACUGCCAGCCCUGGAGUACCUGCGACUUAACGACAACCCCUGGGAGUGCGAUUGCAAGGCUCUGUCACUUUGGGAUUGGCUGCGGAGAUUCCGAGGUUCCACCUCCUCUCUGAUGUGCGUGUCACCACCGGAGCUGGCAGGGAAGGACCUGAAAGCGCUGAAGAAAGAGGAUCUGCCCAGUUGCUUGUCAGGUGAAAGUCACGCACGCGGUGCCCAGGAUGGAGAGAUGGAACACGGGGAGUCUUUGAACCACCUAAACCGUCACAGAAAGCAUCAUAACCACCAUCAGCAGCCCUAUUUGCCACACGGGGAUCAGUACAGCUUCCCUUCACCGUCACCGCUGCCACGGCCGCCUAAGGGAGGCCGCAGGAACUGCACCCGCCGGGGCCGCAAGGCAAAAGGGGGUCCAAAUGAGGUGCAGGUACUACAAGAGGGGGGUGAGACAGACUAUACCCCAGACGGAGGUAAAUAUGACCUGCCUGCAACUGCAAGGAGGAAGAAUAAGUGCACCCCCAGGACUUCUGUCGGCCCGCCAAGUGGGGUCCAGAGAGCUAAUAAUAAAGCAGAGUCACAGCGAGCAGAUUAUAUGCUCAGUUACUCAUCAGCCCUGCUGCUGUCGCUCAUUUCAGUAAUCCUACGCUGAGAGUGAAUACAGACACUGUUGACUUGGUGGUACAAAUCUAUGAUUCAUUCUCCUGAAACAACCCCGUCCAGGCAUAACUGUGUAUACAUAACUAUGUAUAAAGUACAUUAUCAAAUAUCUACUCUCAAAAGUUUCCCUGAGGUAAUAAGGCAGGGAUCUUUGUGAGUCAUAAUCAAAACAUAGAAGUCAGGGAAAAUGAUAUAUCCCAUUGCUUUGAUGAUGUCACCAAGGGAAACAACAGGAGAACUUUGUAUUUGUCUCUGUGGGAUCGAGUGCUUCACAGAAUCCACGUAUUUACGACAUUGUACAGCCACGCAAAGUAAGAAGCUAAUGAUUCAUUCAGAUUAAGGCGAGAACACCAGACAACGGGGUUCAAAGCGGUUUCAGACUUAGCUCUCUUGACACGGUAAAGCUUACUCCGUGCACCCUUCAUCUGUCAUUCACACUGAGACACGUUUUCUCACUUCUUACCUACACAUUUGGAAACAAGACUGCAGACACAAUUAGCUGUAAAAUGAGUCAUCACAUCAAGUUCCAGCAGUAAAGACUGUAAUUACUGUACGUCUACUAAUUAAGCAGUUUUACUUCCAUGUCUUGCGGCAGGGUUGACUCAAUUUAAUGCACAUCUGUGUUUUUGGGUUUCAUGCUAAACUCGAAAAAUUCAUAAAAAAGAAAGAAAAAGAAUCAAAAACCACCGGACUUGAGAAAAUAUAUAGCGACUGUCCUUUUCCCCUUCGCAUCAUAACAACUUGAAAGCCAUUCUGAACUAACCAAUCACACGGGACGUCUUGUCACAGUUAGUUGUCAAUGAGUGAGUGGGAGAACGUGUGAUGAUGUAUCCGUUUACUGCUCGUAUAACCGUGUGUCCACUGAAGAAACCACUAAAGCCAUGAGAGUAGAACGAAGCUUAAAAACAGCAAGAGUGCCUAAAAGAGAGCCAACAGUUUGAGGACAAACUAUGACGGAGACAUUUUCAGUCAAUCUACGACCUCGCCGGCUGCAAAACAGAGGCCUCAACAAGCCAGAAAGGUCAAGGACCAAGUACAAGCUGUGGCCGGGCUCGCAAAACUUUCAAACUCCAACAAACUGUAUUGCACUUUCUUCUGUGAUGCUGUGGAGGUUGAUGUGAAAAAAACUAAAGAAUAAAUAAUAUACAUGUAUUUCCAUCAAGCACAGACAGUUCAAUCCAAACACAGACCUUAGGUUUUCAAAUGCUGGACAAAAAGGUCCUACAAUCAGGGAAGAGUUAGAGUACACAAGCCGACCACGGGUUCCAGAAAUUGUCUGAUCAAUUGUCGGAACAUAGAAAACAAGAAAAAGUUCACCACAGAGCAAGGAGACAAACUACUUUUACAGAAUGUCUUGCUUUGUCCUUUCUUGUGUGUUGCAUGCAUACAAAAAAAAAACAAAAAACAAAAACACACCGGCAGAUGGACUUGUCAGCAACGCCUGAGUGGAAAGUUGGAUUUUAAAUGCUGCUACGCCCAAGAGGAGCGAUUCCUGGAGCCUUUUCUGAGUUACACGGAUUCUUCUUCUAGGAAAUAAGCCGAAGGACAAAGGACAGAGGAGACUGUGGGGAAACAGAGCUCUGAACAAUGAAGUGGAGCAGUUCAAGCACAACGACCCAUAACAAAGCCCAAUCACCUUCACAGCCUUCCUGUACCAUGUAUGAAAACAACGAACCCCUCUUAGUCCAGGCCUUUCAAACCCCAGUUUCACAGUAAGAGUGCUCGAUUACAAUGUACAGAUGCACACGGGCCGUCCAGGUACCUUAAACUAGCCAGUAAUGCUUAAAGUCUCCCUAUUUCUUACACCAUUACAAAGUUACACAUUCUGGUUUUUUGUUCCUUUUUAAAAAAAACUGCCUUUGUAUGCAAAAAGAAGACCUUGCUAAAAGGCUAAAUUCAUGGCACAAUGACAAAAAGCACAAAGGAUUAUUAGUUUGGUUUAAUAUUGCAAUUGGAUUGGGAACCCGAGAACAGGGGCCACAUUAAUUCUGCUUGUGUGCGUUUCCUGCUGAGCUCCGCCUCGUUCUGUCAAUCUAUCUAAAUGUUGGAGUGUCAUUCUCCUCUGACAUGUAGGAUUAGAGACCCUUUACCGUUUGUGCUGCUGUAAAACCCAGAGGUGAUGUAAAUUGUGUCUGUUAAUUCUUGUGAGUUUGAAAUGUUUUUGUAAAAAGAAAAGAAAAAAAGAGAGAGAGAGAGAGAAAGAAAAGAAAAGACGAUUAAGUGACUCUGUUGUGUCUCAAUAGUUCCCAUCAAUAAAUAAACAGGGACCUGGAGGUUGGAAGUUUGUUUUUUAUUUAUUAUGAUUAUCAUGCUGAUUUUCAUCCUCUUUUUAUUUUGCUUACUCAUUGAAGAUAAAUGGUACGCGCCGCACUGCCAUCUCCUGCUCCUCCUCCUGUCUCUGCUCUAUUCAUUCCUAUGUAUUUCCCGCCCGUCUGUCUGCUUAUUUUCUCCCUCCCUCUCUUCAGUCUUUGCUCCCGUUUCUUCAAGGCCUCAUUACCGCACUCUCUAUCUCCUUAUUCUUUUCCUCUGCUCUCUUUCUUUGUGUAACCCAAAUAUUUUGUAUGUGGUUAUCAAACAAUGCCAGACUCAAAAGCUGUUUAUAAAUAACAUUAAAUGGAAAGUGUCCUCAAA